AUGAGAAUCUAUUUGAUUUUCCUUUUGGCGCUCAUAUUUUUCCACGUGGAUUCGAAACCUUCAAAACGAAGCCUUCCAUCAAAAUUUGUCAAAGAUCUCAACAAAGUUUUCAAAAAAUACCAUCUGAAAUUGUGAGUUAUGAAAUUUUUCUGUAAUCCAAUUUUCAAAACCUCUGGAAAAUUUCAGAAAGAAAACCAAAAAGCAUCACAAAAAACGAAAUUUAACUGAAAAUGACUAUUAUUCGGAUGAUUAUCAAACAAAUUCUGAAGAAUUUGGCGAUGGAAUGUUGACUGUUUACGGUGGAGAAUUCAAUGACAAACCCAAAAAAAUCGCCGGACAUCAAAGACUUUUUGAAGCCGAUAAAGAUGAGCAGUAUGAUUUUUCUUUCGUUUUUUUCCAAAUUAUUCUCAAUUUUUAAUUUUCAGCGGUCAUCACACGCACAAUCACUUCAGGGGUUAA